UCCGAUGACAAUGGCAUUUGCACAGUCUAUCUUCUUUCCAACAUGGUUUAUCCUAUUUUUAGUUUCCAAGACUCAUCUGACAUCUUAUUCAUCUGUACACCAAGAGAGCAGUUUUAUAUCAGCUCAUAUUGGUGACAAAGUGACCUUACAAUGCUUCUACGAUGGUGACGAUUCAGCAUGGAUCUUCUGGUACAAACAAUCCCUGGGACAUAAGCCGAAGCUCAUUUCAAGCUUCUAUAUUUAUGGAACCAAAAGGAAACUUUAUAAUGAAUUCAAUAAUCCUCGGUUCCAAAUCAGUACAAAAAACCAUAUACACAGCUUGACAAUUUUGGAUCUGCAUAUUUCAGACUCAGCUACUUACUACUGUGCAGUUAACUAUGCAAAAGUUUUGACUUUUGCAGAGGGCACAGUAGUCAGGGUUAUAGGUUCAGGUUCCAAUAUCCAACUUUUGGCCCAUCAGCCGGAAUAUGAGAGCAUCCAGCCAGGAGGCUCUGUGACUCUGAACUGUACUGUACAACCUGGCAGUUGUGAUGGAGAACACAGUGUUUACUGGUUCAAAGACUCUGAGAAAUCUCAACCAGGACUCAUUUAUAAACAUGGAACCAAGAAUCAGUGUACGACAAAUCCCUACAUACAAACACCCUCCUGUGUGUAUAACCUGGCCAUGGAGAACCUGAAUGCAUCUCAUGUGGGGACCUACUACUGUGCCGUGGCUACAUGUGGACACAUAACGUUUGGAAAUGGGACCACGCUUCAUUUCUCAGGUGAAGCAAAUGUUUCGAUGUACUUCUGUGAUUUCCAGGAUAAUCUCAGAGACACAAGCAGACUCGCCUAUGCAACUAUAAAUGUUCAGCCAUUCAACAGAUCACAAAAACAACGGAAGAGCACAGAGAGUGAAUGCGUCUACUCCAGCAUAAGACAUGAGAAAUGA